GGGAGCGAGGGGGCGCCUGGAGCCCCUGUCUGCCCCGGCCCCUCAACAAAGGGAGCGCCUCGUGAGGUGAGGCGUGCGCCUGGCCUGCCCCCGCAGUGAAUUCAGCCUUGUCUGGCCGGGGCUAAGCUCAGAGCCCACGGAACAUCCCGGCUAGGCGUCGGCCACGAGGAGCAAACCGUAAAACAGCACCCAGGGAUGUGCCUGUUUGCUUGUUUUUAGCAGAUCCCUACUACUUGUGAUAGGCAGCAGCCUGCAAAAAUAAGCCUAUGGAACCGGUGGCUAGUGUCUGCAACCAGUGGCUUCCGGAAGUUCUUUGACGCUUUGGUAACGACGGAGCGACUGGACCAAUACGGCGCUCUUUCCGGUCUCGUUCACACUCGCCGAGUUCUCCUUUUCCAAGAUUGCCUUUGACCCCGGAAGUGAGGUUUUCCGCGUACCUUCCUCCCACCAAGAUGGCAACAGCCGAAGACGAGUUACUGCCACCGCGGCUUCCCGAGCUGUUUGAAACCAGCAAGCAGCUUCUGGACGAAGUCGAAGUAGCGACUGAGCCCACCGGUUCCCGGAUAAUCCAAGAUAAGGUGUUCAAGGGACUAGACCUCCUUAAGAAGGCUGUUGAAAUGUUAGCACAGCUCGACUUGUUCAGCCGAAAUGAAGAUUUGGAAGAGAUUGCUUCCACCGACCUGAAGUACCUGCUGGUGCCAGCAUUUCAAGGAGCGCUCGCCAUGAAACAAGUCAACCCCAGCAAGCGUCUAGAUCAUUUGCAGUGGGCUCGAGAACACUUUUUAAACUACUUAACUCAGUGCCAAUACUAUCAUGUGGCAGAGUUUGAGCUGCCCAAAACGAAGAACAACUCACCUGAUAAUAAUACUGCUAGUUCCUCCAUGGCCUAUCCUAGCCUCGUUGCAAUGGCAUCUCAAAGACAGGCUAAAAUAAAGAGAUACAAGCAGAAGAAGGAGGUGGAGCAUAGGUUGUCCGCACUGAAAUCUGCUGUGGAAAGUGGUCAAGCAGAUGAUGAGCGUGUUCGUGAAUAUUACCUCCUUCACCUUCAAAGGUGGAUUGGUAUCAGCUUAGAAGAGAUUGAGAGCAUUGACCAGGAGAUGAAGAUCCUGAGAGAAAAAGACUCCUCAAAACAGGUACCAACUUCUUACUCACCUCGUCAGGACAGGCCUCCAAUGAAACCCUUCAUUCUCACUCGGAACAUGACCCAAGCAAAAGUAUUUGGAGCUGGUUAUCCAAGCCUGGCAUCUAUGACAGUGAAUGACUGGUAUGAUCAGCAUCGGAAAUAUGGAGCAUUACCAGAUCAGGGCAUAGCCGUGACAACACCAGAGCUCAAAAGAACUGCUCAGGAACAUGAAGAUCAGGAACAAAAGGAGGAAGAAGAUGAUGAACACACACUCCACAGAGCUCGGGAGUGGGAUGACUGGAAGGACACCCAUCCCAGAGGGUAUGGCAACCGACAGAACAUGGGUUAGUCUUCCCACAACAAGACGGGACUACAGGGACUCACACCUUCUGCAACAAGGAAAGCCGUGUUGUCUUCCUCUCCCUGGACUCCUGCUUCAGCUGUGUUCAAUGAAGGAAAAGAUGUUUAAUCUUGCUUUGUGUUCAAUAAAGUGUCAGCCAAUUUAAGUAUGUAUUUGUACUUUAGGUGAUGAGCCAGCAAUCUUGUUUUGGCAUUAUCAUCCUCAUCAUGGUGUAUUUCCAAUUUCUUAAGUAGAAAGACAAAAGUACUGAGAAAUUGCUCUGUAUAAUCAAUGGCUGUAUGAAUUAUCUUUAAAAAAAAUAAAGUCCCUUCUAUUACAGGAGCCUGUGCAGAAA